GCAUGCGCAGUGCCUCAUGUCUGCUAAGACUGUCGAUCCACACGGAAAAAAGCACCGAAUUGAUUGCUAAUUAUUCAUAAUUGUUGUUAAUUGGGAUAUCGGAAGUACUUGGUAGAUGUCUUCGUAGCUGAAAUCUUUCAACAUUUGUUUGUGAUGCAAGAUUAAGAACAGUGACGCCCAUUUAGGGCGGACUGACUGUGAUGAUCGGACCAAGAAAAUGGCGACUGCUGCAGAAGUUAGCCAUUCUGAAACCAAUUUCGCUCGUAGUGAACGACAAGAAAUGAGUGAAACAACCACCACAGGUACAGGGACGGUUGGCGUCAAGCCCAAAGUUACACCCAUAGAUACAAAUGCAGUGGGCACAGGGAUGGGACCACGGACGCCGAUGUCCACAUCCGUCCGUGAAAAAGGAAAGAAGAUUGGACACAGAAGAGUGGACGAAGAUGGCAUUGUGACAUAUAAAAAGAAACCUACAUCGGAGUUGAUGACAGCAAUCCAACUGGGUAUUGGACAAAGUGUAGGAGCAUUAAGUUCAAAAGCUGAACGUGAUGUUCUCAUGCAAGAUUUCGCUGUCGUGGAGAGUGUCUUUUAUCCAAGUGAGGGAAGCAACUUAACACCAGCUCACCACUGUAGUGACUUCAGGUUCAAGACAUAUGCACCCAUCGCCUUCCGAUACUUUCGAGAGCUGUUUAAUAUUCAGCCCGAUGACUUUAUGUUAUCGCUGUGUGAUGAACUGCUUCAAGAGUUGUCUAACCCUGGCGCCAGUGGCAGUAUCUUCUACAUCACCCAGGACGAUGAAUUCAUCAUCAAGACUGUCCAACACAAGGAGGCAGACUUCUUGACUAAGCUGCUCCCUGGAUAUUUCCUGAACAUAAGCCAAAACCCAAGGACAUUGUUACCCAAGUUUUACGGCUUAUACUGUUACCAGUGUGGAGGUAAAAACAUUCGAUUUACAGUCAUGAACAAUCUCUUACCAUCUUCGAUCAAAAUCCAUGAGAAGUACGACUUGAAAGGCAGUACGUACAAGCGGAAAGCCUCAAAACACGAGAGGUUGAAAGAAAGCCCCACCUACAAGGACCUGGACUUCAUUGAUCUCCAUCCAGAGGGGCUUCUACUGGAAAAAGAAACCUACGAUGCCUUGAUAAAAACACUACAGAGAGACUGCAGGGUACUUGAGAGCUUUAAGAUCAUGGACUACAGUUUAUUGGUUGGGGUGCAUAAUCUGGAUUUGUCCUUACGAGAAAAGGGUAUUCAGUCCCGAGCGGAGAGUGGGUCGGCGCCUCCUGACACGCCCAGCGCCCUGAGCGACGGUACUAGCAGCACGGCACCUAGUGGUGGUGGUAAAUCUCUCCAACGAGGCAAGUCUUUCAAAACGAAGAUUGCACAGUAUUCCACAGCCAUGGAGGCAAUCCGUCUGAAUGCAGAAACAGAUGAUAUCGAAGAUGAAGAUGUUCCACCUGGUGGCAUCCCAGCCAAAAAUUCCAAGGGUGAACGAAUAUUGUUGUAUCUUGGUAUCAUCGAUAUUCUGCAGUCCUAUCGCCUAAAAAAGAAACUUGAACAUACCAUGAAGGCCAUCGUUAUAGAUGGGGACACCAUAUCUGUUCAUCGACCAGGCUACUACGCCAACAGAUUUCUGUCAUUUUUCGCAAAUCGUGUAUUCCGGAAAAUUCCAACCCCUCUCAAGCAUUCUCCCUCCAAGAAGAAAGGCCAGGCAGGUCGAGCUCGAGCACAGACAACAAUACCUGAACAGCCAGAACCAGGCCCGUAUGACAGAAGGCUGAUCGAGAAAACACAGAGGACCAUCAGCUUCUCAGACGAAACUGCUCCACAGUCUGGCAUAAGUGGGCGGCCGGACCUUCUGCCGGACACUUCAACGCCGCCUCGAGGUCACUUCUCACCUGUCACCAAUCAAAACUCAUCAAAUACCUCACGAUACUCGGACUCGCGCUCGCCCAAUAAUGAUGGAAGCGGGGAUGGCCGAAGGCCGUGGUACAGAUCGGAGUUGAUGACAACAGCAUAUCAGUCUGAAGAGAUGACACCACGCUACAUGACAACAAUACGGAGUUCCCCGCCCUUGAGUCUGUCUGAGUCGACGCCCACGCACACGGAACACACCGAGGGAACGCCCAGUUUCACAGCUUCCAGUCCUAGCUGUUCCAGUGAUGUUCUGGGUAAUGCGGCCAGCACUUGCACAUAUUCUGUGAUGAAUAGUGAUAGAGACUUCGGUCCGUCACCUAUGUCUUUAAGUCCAGAGCAAUUAUCACCUUCUAAGAAGACCAACAGCAGCACAGAUGCAUCAUACUCAAGUGCAUUGGAAAACCCAGUGAUAACUUCACAAGAACAUGGAACGCCUGUGGACAAAGAGGAAGUGCGCUCGGUGUCGGUGGCCAAGGUAUCCCACAAUUCCUCAUCAGUCCUCGCAAACUCACACACACACUCACAAAGAAGCAGCAGUAGCCUUGGCCCAUCUAACCAACAAAUAUCACACACAAGCCAGUCAAAACGCUCGCUUUUAACUAAUUCCGAAAACUCUGUAACCACGGCAACAAGCUCCAGUGACACGGACACUGAUGGGGUCGCCGUAGCAGGAUCCUUGCAAGAUUUACACGAUGAGGGACCGAAUUAUUCUCGGAGAGGCAAAGCUUCAAAACCAGUUAGUAGGAACAAAAUGCUAAAGCCAGCCAUAACUACCGAAUUGCAAAGGCCAAAUUCGGAACCAAACGUUGCGGCGUUGUGGCAACGAAAUGCAGUUGGACGGAUGUCUUUGCCAGGGUCAAGCAAGCUCUAUGGACACGUUAUUCCCAAAAAUGCGAACACUGGCGAUACAUCAGAUGAUGGGACACAUUUAUAAUAAGGACUCUAGCCUUUUUGGAACAAGUCACCGGAGGGUACCUGGAAAUGGAGCUGCACUGUUCCAAACAAAGACUGAAGGCGUAUUCCAAAGUUUCCAUAUUCCUAAGUUAACUCUUUACACCACUUACCGAAUGUUUCUUGUAUUCAUCUGAGGUUUUUGUGUAACUGAGACUGAAUAUUUUCUGCAAGUCAAUCCCAUUUUGUCAAAACGUUCAGCUCCUGGAACGUCACAAGUGAGUCAUGUGAGUCAUGUGAUAUCCGAAACUGCCUUGCGUUUUGUGGGAUUUGUAUGAUUCUGUUGUGGCAAAAUGUUUCCAUGGGACACAACCGGAAGUGUAAAUGUCGGCAAGAGGAAGACAGUGCAGAGUUUUGUUGAUGAAUAUGCAUGGUGGAUUGUGAUACUAACACAAUAAACAAAAAAAACCCUUUUUAUAUGCCUGA